AUGAUACGUAUUGUGGUAACGAAUAUCCAACACUCUUUCGUAAGAAAUAUUGCAUGUGCGAGCAAUAAUAUUACAAGUUGUAUGGGAUUGGAAUACAACUCUAAUUAUUCGUCGCGAAUUGCUGUCGUAAUUGAUGAAGGCAUAUCGCUGUCGUAUGGCGAUCUGGCUGCAUCGGUUGGAUCAUAUGUAUCAUUAUUAUCUUCAAAAUAUUCUUUAAGCCGUGGAGAUCGACUAUUAGUGAAAGCAGAGAAAAGCAUUAACAUUUUGGCAUUGUAUCUUGCCACUCUUCGUCUUGGAGCUAUUUAUGUUCCCAUCAUUCCGACGUAUACAUCGAGAGAAACUAUGUAUUUUGUUAAAGAUUUGGAACCUCGAAUCUUUGUAACCUCUGACCUCAAUAAAGACUGUAUAUUCAUUAAUAGUACACCUUAUGUUGUUGAUUUAUCUAUGAUGGCUCGAGAUGCCUCUAAAUAUUCACCAGAUUAUGGUAUGGAAAAUGUCCUUCCAGAUGACACAGCUUGUAUUUGUUAUACUUCUGGAACCACUGGGAAACCUAAGGGAGCUAUGAUUACUCAUAAAGGUCUGAAAUGGAAUGCAGAAUCAUUAAUUGACUUGUGGCGUUUCGUUGGAUCGGAUGUAUUGUUGCAUCAGUUGCCUUUCUAUCAUGUUCACGGCAUGUUUAUCAGUUUGAACUGUUCUCUUUUAACGAAAUCAUGUAUUAUAUGGAGGCCUUCAUUUACAGUUGAAGACGCAUUAAAAUGGUUGCCUAUGUCGACAGUUAUGAUGGGUGUUCCCACUUAUUACAGUCGACUUCUCAAAAAUCAGGAAUUCAAUGUAGAAGUGACACGUAACAUACGAUUAUUUGUUUCUGGCAGCGCUCCAUUAAGUUCUUCACUUGCAGCCGAUUUUCAUUCACGAACAGGCUCUGUAAUAUUGGAGAGAUAUGGAAUGACUGAAGCAGCAGUAAUUACAUCGAAUGCUUAUGAUCAGAAUUCUCGAUUGGUUGGAUCCGUGGGUAAAAUUUUAAAAGGUGGCGAGAUGCGAUUAUCUAAAACGGGUGUGCUUGAAAUUCGUCUUCCAAGUUUAUUCAGUGGAUAUUGGAGAAAUCCGAUGAAAACUCAAGAAAGUUUUACUGACGAUGGAUUUUUUAUUACAGGAGAUAUAGGGCGUAUUGAUAAUGAAGGAAACUUGUGGAUUUUGGGGCGCGAAAAAGAUAUGAUUAUUAGUGGUGGCCUUAAUGUUUCUCCAAAGGAAGUAGAGGAUAUUGUUGAUUCAUUUCCAUUCGUAUCUGAAUCGGCUGUAAUUGGCAUACCUCACUCAGAUUAUGGUGAAGCUGUUGUAGCUAUUUGUGUUAAGGAGUCGAAUUCUACUAUAGUCGAUUCACGAUCCAUUUUAGAGCAACUGAAGUCACAACUUGCGAGUUAUAAAAUCCCGAAGCGUAUCAUUUUUCUUGAUUGUUUACCAAAAAAUUCAAUGGGAAAGGUUCAAAAGAAUUUGCUCAGAGAGAAAUAUAAGGAUCUAUUUAUUUCCAAUAAUUAA